AUAAAAGAUCCAGACAGAAGUGUAACUGUGUUAGUCAAGACUGAGAGGACAGAGGAACAAAGAGGAAACCAUUUCUUUAACCCCACGAUGGGUUACAAGCUGUGUGUGUUACUGCUGCUGAGCGGCUAUGCUUUGGCUCAGCAGGACAGUGACAAUAAUGAGCAAACUUCGUGUCAGUUGGCAUCCAGAUUCAAGGCCCAUAAAAAAUAUGUCUACCAGUACACCACAGAGAGCAGGAAUGGUGUAGUGGGUACUGCCAACCUGAGGAAUGGGCCUAAAGUCUCUUGUCAGGUCGAGAUCGAAGUCCCGCAGAUGUGCAAAUUCAUCAUGCGCACCAAGGGGUGUGCUCUCAGUGAAGUGUCUGUCAUGGAUCCCCAGGGCCAGCCGGUGUACAGGCCGGCCCCUGGAUCUGAGGCCUUCCAGGCUGCCAUGGAUAAGAACUCACUGAGGUUUAGCGUGGAGCAGAUCACCAAUAUCCAGCUGUACCCCGAUGACAACGAACUGGUCAACAUCCUCAACAUUAAGAGAGGAAUAAUCUCAGCCCUCAUGGUGCCUAUCAUUGAGGAAGGACCGAGCACCCUCAUGAGCACAGUACAUGGCCAGUGUUUAACAGACUACACAGAGAAUGCCAGAAAGGACAUCGCCACAGAUGUGACCCUUUCUAGAGAUCUGUCGCAGUGUGACAUGUUCUAUGGCAGAAAACAGGCCAACAGUCCUCUGGCGCUUCUACAAAAUCUGCAUCGCUCCAUGUCUAAACUGAUUACAAGUACCCAAGACUGCAACUACCAGUUUGACAACAAAGGAAAGCACAUCACAUCUGCCAUGUGCACAGAAAAACACAUCUACUUGCCCUUCUCCCAUGAGGAUAAUGGGAUUUCAUCCGUGGUAACACAGGAUCUCAGCUUUCAAAGUUCCAAAAGGAUCCCCAACAAAGAAUUUGAUGUGAAUGUCAGAAAAAUCAAGCCACUCAACUUUGAAGAUCCUGAUGAUAAAGCUCCAGUCCAGACAAAAGACGCUGCUCUGAGCACCCUGCAGGACCUUGUGGCUUUGGCAGGUACAGACCAGGGUCAGAAGAGGACCAGCCUUUUCCAUAAGCUGGUGUCCAACCUACGUGCCCUGAGGAACGAGACCCUGAGCCAGACAGUCACUGAGAUGAUGGAUAAGUCUGUCUGGCUCACCUGGCAGGCCCUCUUGCAGUGUGGAACCCCAGAGUGCACCAGUGCCAUCCUCCAGACUAUCAGGAGCAUUGAUGGGGUGUCACUAGAGGUGGAUGCUCUUGUCUAUGGGCUGAGUCUCCUACCUAACCCUGAUGCUGCACGGGUCCGAGACAUGCUCAGCACGGCUCAAUACAAACAGAGCAAAGCAAUCAUGUAUGCGCUGGCCAACACAGUUAAGAAGUUCCAUACAGGAGAAAUUACUCCAGAAGUCACAGAGGUGUCAAGGUUCAUGGAGACACUCUUAAAUGACUGCUCAGGAGAAAUUGACCCUGAUUACGAUGCUGACUUUCCCUCUGACCCUCAUGAGAAGUCCUUCCUUGUACUGAGGGUUGUUGGUGUCAUGGGUAAAGCCAUGCAAGCAGUCAGCCCUGGCCUGAUUUCUUCUAUUUUGAAGUGUGUUAAGAGAAAUGACAUUCCAUUAUCAAACCAAAAGUCUGCCAUACAGGCCUUAAGGUUGAUGGAAAUCAAUGAUGAGAUCAGAAACGUCCUCAAGAAUGUAUACAAGGAUGUCCAGAGCCCUGUUGAGAAACGACUAGCAGCCUACCUGAUUCUGAUGAAGAAUCCAGACUUUGCCCUGGUGAAAGACAUUGUGAGCAGUUUCGAGUAUAUGGGGGACGUGGAGCUCAUGACUUUUGUGGCCUCUCACAUGAAACACAUCCGAAACUCCAAUGAGCCAGAAAUGCAACAACUCAGACGGUAUAUUGACACAAACUUUGAAAACGAGAUGGCAUUCAAGGACGCAGUCUACGGUGGCAAGUCACGCAACUACAAGAUAGACACUCCCUUGGGUUCAGUGCAGAGCAAUGCCAUCUUCGAUGCCACUAACACCUUACCCAAAGAGGUGAUGUUGGAGGCCACUCUAAAAGUUUUGGACUACAACCAUAACAUCUUUGAGAUUGGUGUUGAAGGGACAGGAUUUGAACCAACAAUUGAUGGUCUUUUUGGAGAGAGGGGUUUCUUUGACGAACCCAUCUCCAAAGCCCUGUACUGGGCAGGUGAAAAAUCUCCGAUACUCAAAAACAUUUUGGAGAGAAUCACACCCAACAGACACAGAAUGAAGAGACAGACCUUCCAGGAUUUUAUGAAAGAUGUUGACGUCCAUGUCCAGACACUGGUGAAAUACAUUCGUUCACAUCCUAACCCUGAAGCUACUGCCUAUCUUCGGCUUCUGGGAAAUGAGAUAGGAUACAUGAAGACCAGCGAAAUGAGAGAGAUGGCAGACACUCUAUUCAUGUACUUCCAUGUUUUCACGAGGAUUCUGCCUGGCAAGGCCUUUUCUGCAUUGAGAUCUAGCACUGACAAUGAUGUCUUUGCCCACUACAUCUUCAUGGAGAAUGCCUUUUCACUACCUACUGCCUCUGGCUUCCCUCUGAAGUUCUCACUGGCUGGAGUGUUUGCCCCUGGUGCCAAAGGAGGCAUGACUUUCACUUCCAACAUGGGUACCCUGUCAUUUAUGCCUUCAGCUGGGUUAGAAUUCAUUACCCAAAUGGGUGUUCACAUUCCAGACUAUGUGGACGCUGGGCUUGAGAUGCACACUAAUAUGUACCACGAGAGUUCCCUCAAUGCUAAGGUCACCAUCAACAGUAACCAGAUCAAACUGUCCAUCCCAGCUCCUAAGUCAAACACUCAGUUGUUCAGUAUUAGUAACAAGGUGCUGUCAGUCUCCUCUGGUCAAACAAAGAUAGUGCCAUCCCUUGUGGAAGACCGGACUGACUCAACUGACUGCCAGCCCCUAUUCAAUGGUCUGAAACUCUGCACCAUAGUCCGUUACUCUAAUGCGACCUCCAUGGACCAGGCUCCUUAUUACCCUCUGACAGGAGAAACCACGUUUGCAGUUGAAAUCCAGCCCACAGGGGAAAUUUCAGAGUACACUGCCACCAUAAGCACUGAAACUCUCCGAGAGGGUAAAGACAGUCGCCGUAAAGCAGAAUCUCUGAAGCUAACCCUGAAGGCUGAAGGUGAUGAUUCAACAGAGGCUACAGUAUCUCUGAAAUACAAUCCCAAUAAGAAUAUUCUCACCACUGAGGUUGUCAUUCCCGACUAUGAUGUGGAAGCUGGCAUCAAGAUGGCUGUAACUGACAAAAAUGAUGCUACAGGAAUGAGGAUGCGAGGUAUCACCAUUGAUAUCACCAACAAGAACAUACCGCAGAUGACCUUGGUUGGACGCACAAGACUUCAAAUGAUGAAGGAUGCCAUGCUGCAACUCCAGAUGAUCAUUCCCUCUUUAAAAACGGAUGCCUCUGUCACUGCAACCCUGAAGAAUGAUGAGGGUAUACUCAUGGACAUAGACACAGUCAUCAAACUCCCUGAGACAUCCUUUGAACAGAAAACCUCCCUUAAAUAUGAUGCUGACAAGCUUGAGGUGGAACUAAAAUCAGACCUGAAUUCAGAGAUUCAGAAACUGAUACCUAAUGUAGAGGAUCGCCACAGGCAGCUACAACAACUCAUUGAUGAUAUCCUGGACCAGAGAGUGGCAAAGACUGAUAUGAAACUGCGUCACAUAGUCACCAAAGGCAUUGAGGCAGGUAAUAUUUGGCUGGACAAACUGACAGCAAGUGUCCCAAGUCUUGCAAACCUGCGAAGUAAGAGGAGCCUCUCAGAUCUCACUUUGCCAUCCCUGCCUGAGAAACUGUUCCUGCAGUCUGACAGCUUGUUCCGAUACCAGUUCAACAAGGAGAAGAUGGCUAUCUUACUGGCUCUGCCACUGGGAGGCAAAAAGUCAAAAGAACUGAACAUCCCCAGUACUCUAUCUACUCCUCUCAUAGAUUUACCUGCGAUAGGCCUAUAUAUCCCUGCCAAAAACUAUCCACUACCAUCAUUCACUGUACCACCUUCUUUGGAUUUCACGGUACCCCUUCUUGGUCUCGCUGAAGCAUCCACCAAGCUCAACAGCAACCUCUACAGCUGGGAAGGUUCCAUCUCUGGGGGCAACAACACUGUUGAUGUCCCCAGCUACAUUGCACAGUACAAGGCCAUGGCCCAAUCACCUAUCAACCUACUGUCCUACAAACUUGAAGGAACUGGGAUGGUGUCAGGAAGAGCUGAUGAUAAUCUAAAGUACCUUCUGAAUAAUUCUUUCAGCCAUAGCCUCAUUGAGACAAGCUUUAGUGUCUUAGAAACCUUACGGGUGACAAACAAACUCAAUGCAAUGGCCAACUACAAGAUUGAAGCCUACAGUCCACUAGGCCUCCAAGCCUCCCUCUACUACUCUGCUCAGUCAACUUCCACUCUAGAUUCAAGUGAAGUUACAGGUGACGGCACCUUGGACGGAACACUUACAAUAGGUUCAUUGUAUACUAAUACCUCCUACACCCACAACUACAACGUCCGUCCAUUUGAAAGAGAAGGAAGAGGAGAGUCCACCCUGCGCUUCAACUCACCAUUCAUCCAAGCUAACAACAUGAUUAACGGAGUCUACGCAAACUCCGAGUUGAACAUUGUUUCCAAAACAAAUGUUCAGAAUGAUAUCCUCAGGCAUGUAGCAGAGCUUAAGUAUAAAGAUGCACAACUGACCCUAAAGUGCAAUGCUGAUGCCACAGCCAUGGGUAAAUCACUCAAUAACAAAGUUGAACUUGGUGUGUCCAGCCAUAUGGCCAUCCUCAGGAUUGAGUCACAGGCAGAUGAUGACACAAACAGGGCAUACUCACUUAUAACAGGCUCCCUGGAUUCAAAUGGACUUGAGUUAAACUCAGAGGGUUCCCUCACCUUUGAAGCAGGUCGUGGAUUACACAAAGCAUCUGUUAUGGUUGGCAUAAAUGGUCUGACUACUAGCGGGACUAAUAGCAUUCAGUGCAGCCCUGUGACAUUUGAGAAUAUUUACAAUGGUGCCAUAGACAAAAAUGGAGCAUCCCUAUCCUCUAAGACCAAAGCGAUGGCUGACGAAAUUAGAGGAGAGCUGAACAUCGACGGUGAAAUCACAGCUGAGGUAGCCUCUUUAAAAGGUGUCUUUAAGGGCAGUGCACAUGAUGCAACCACAAGGAACAAUAUGAAUUUAGUACUGAACAAAAGGGCUUUGACUUUUACUAGCAAUAACAUGGGAACAUUGAACAAGAUGAAAACAGAAAAUAGCCACACACUGACCCUAACUCUGUGGACCUUAAACCUUCGCUCCAAAACUGACAACUUCAUCUGUGAAGAUAUUCAAUAUAAACAUGACACCAAGGUUGAUAUGAAGCCAUUUGUUAUGUCAUUAGAUAUGACAAAUGACCUCAAUUUUUACGAUGUCAGUUUUAACAAUGAAGGUCACAUGAAGCUUGAGCCAAUUAAGGUGGACCUGAGUGGAAGUAUGAAGGGAGCUUAUGGGCAAGAACACAACAUUAAACAUACAUAUGAAAUUAGCUACAAUGAUAUGGCUGGUACUGUGAAAUUCAGCACUUCUGGAAAUUUAAUGGAUGCACAGCUGAGUCACAACUGUGAAAUUGAGUUUGCUGGCCUUUCCUCCAAGUCAAAAUGUGAAGCACGAAUAAAUUCUGAGCCUCUACGUUUUGACAGCACCAUACGAACCAUGGCAUUGCCAUUCAGCCUCACUGUUGAUACCCUUGUCAACAGUGAUGGAGAAAUUAAUCUAAAUGGGAAGCACACUGGACAGCUGUACAGUAAGUUUCUGGUUAAAGCUGAGCCCCUAGCUCUUGCAUACUCACAUGACAGCCGUGUGUCAACCACACAUAUGCUUCCAAGUGGGGAGUCAUCCACUUAUUUGGAAAACAAAUUUGAUGCUCUCCUGAUACCAAAUGAACAAUCUCUGACCUGGAAGCUAAACUCUAAGAUGAACGAACAUGCUUACAACCAGGACAUCAGUACUUACAAUAAUCCUGAGAAGACUGGAUUAGAAUAUUCAGGAGUAAUGUUGACAGACGUUUUCAGCAAGAUGAGCAGAGACAAGAGAUCAGUACCAGAAAUACAAGAGUUCAGUAUGGUUGGUUUCCUCAAGUAUGACAAGAACAGUGACUGUCAUAUCAUUAAUAUUCCAUUUAUCGAGAGCUUUCCUGCUGCCUUUCAACAGCUCAAGGAUAUACUUGUUCAAGCCUUAGAAUCACUGCAACAGUCCAUUGACAAUCUAGAUAUUACUCAGCUAAUCACCAACUUCAGAGCGAAGUUAGAUCGGCUACCAAUGCAAGUGAGUGAUUUCAUGCAAAAAAUGGACUUGGAGAACAAAGUGAGUCAAGUAAAAGCAAAACUUGAUUAUUUGAUAGAAGAGUUUGCUAUAACACUAGAUGACUUGGAGAUUGCGGUGAACAACUUGAGAGAGAACUUGGAAAGUACGGUGAUGGACAUUGCCACCAAAAUUAGAGACCUCAUUCUUGAAGUCAAAGACUAUGUCCAGACAGGACGCCUUGCUGAUAAGAUAACAAAUAUACUUUCCCAAAUUGGAAAGCAACUCAGUGCAUUUAAUGAGAAGUAUGAAAUCAAACAAUCACUUAUUAAAGCACUUGAUGCCAUCCAGGAUAUCAUCAGCCAGAUUGAUUUACAAAAGAUCACAGAAAGCAGUGUUGCAUGGCUGCGAGAACUUGAUUCUAGAUAUGGAAUCUUGGAGAAAAUCAAAGAAAUACUGUCUGAAAUGAAACAGGCUAUUGAGAACUUUGACAUCAAAAUGUCCCUCCAAAAUGUGAAAGAUUACCUUCUUUCAAUUGAUGUGGCCAAGUAUGUUGAGCAGCUUUCAUAUCAAAUCCCUUCUUCAGAGAUUCAAAAAGUGAUUGAAUCUAUGAAUGAUGUUAUUGUCAACUGGAUUGAUGAAUAUGAAGUCCCCAACAAACUCAAUGCAGUGUAUUCCUAUAUUAGGGAUUGGCUUUUGUAUUAUGAUAUUGAUGAUAAAUUCAAAGAAUUAAUGGAUGAUGUAAUAGUUCUCAUCAAGGAAUUUAAAAUUAAAGAGACUGUGCAGUCAAUGGUAGAUGCUCUGAAAGCGAUUAAAUUUGAAAUUGUUCAUGAUAAAAUAAUGCAAUUUUUGCAUAGUGUGAUAAAUCAGCUCAGAGCAAUUGACUUUAAGAAAAGCAUUGAAGAACUUAAUGCACAAAUGUCUUCAGUGAUUAAGUCAUUAAAGGAAUUUGACUAUAGUGCAUUUGUUGAAGAUACCAACAACAAAAUUGCUCACCUAACAAACUAUAUCAAUGGGCAGAUUAAAACAUAUGAGAUUGUGCAAAAAUGUGAGGCUAUUAGGGAGUUUUUCAGGGAGAUCCAAAGUGCCAUUUUCAACUAUUUGGACAAACUCAAAAACACAAAGGUGGCAGAUGCUCUAAAGAAACUGAAAAAUGUGAUUGAUACUACAUUUUACAAUGAUAUCAAAUUGAAAGUGCAGGAUAUACUUGAAGACAUGAGACAAAGAAUUCUUGAUAUGGAUAUCAAAGAAGAAAUGUACAUUUACCUCCAAAGAGCAAGUGAAUCCUAUAGCAAUGUGGUCGCCUACAUCUCUGCAAAGUUCAACCAACUAAUAGAAGGGAUUAGCAGAGUGGUGAAGGAAAACGAGACUUUGAACCAGAUAAAGCAGGCUGUAGAUGGAGUUCUGGAUGCAUUGAAAAGAGCUAAGAUUAAAGUUCCCACGUUUACGGUACCUCUUACUGAUCUUGUCAUUCCUACAUUUACAAUCAAGUUGAAUAAAUUGCAGGAGAUCAGCAUACCAACUAAAAUUUCAAUCCCUGAAAUCACCAUCCUCAAUUCCUACACAAUCCCUGGUUUAACAAUAGAUUUUGAUGAGAUCAAAGCAAAGAUAAUUGCAAUUAUAGAUGACAUCAGAAAAUUUGAAAUCCAAAUGCCUGAUCCCGAGGAAAUCUUUGGGGACCUGAAAGUUCUUUACCUAUCUGAACUUCCAGAUUUCACCUUUCCUGCAAUUACACUUUCUGAAAUCAAAUUUCCUGCCAUCAACAUCCCCAAAUUGAAUUUGAAGGACUUCGAAAUCACAAUACUUGCAAUUCCAGAGAUCAAAUUGCCUGAGGUUCCCAGCGACAUUUGUGUCCCAGUUUUUGGAAAACUUCAUGGAGAAUUUAGAGUGAACUCUGCACAGUUCACUCUUGUAACUACAGGGAAGAUUGAGAAUUCAACUUCCACACCAAAAAACCCACAGUUUAGGGCCACCCUUACUUCUCAUGUCAAAUCACCUAUUGAGCCCCUUGAAUACACCUUUGAGGCUACUGCUCAGUUGGAGGCUCCCAGACUGAAGAAGUUGCUAUUCACAGAAACUGUGAAAGCUACACAUAUGGCCUUCUCAAUUAAUCAUGAAGGAUCGUUGACACUUGCUGGCUCUUCUGGUGAAACCUCUGCGAAGACUACUGCAAAAGCCACAACUCAAAUGUACACAGCAGAUUUGGUCAACAACAUGGCACUUACACUGAAGAAUGGUAUUUCUGCAAUCAUGGACACAGACUACAACCAUAACUUGGACAUCCCAUCAAUGGAAACCUCAAGUCAGGCAACAAUGAAACAGAAUAUAGCAGCUACAGCGCAAUCUGACAGAAUUACCUUGACAGGUGAAACUACUGGUAAUGGAAAGUGGUCUAUUCAAGACUACUCUGAUGAAGGCACACACAAAAGCAAUGUAGAAUUCAACAUCAAUUUUAGCACUGCCAAGUUAACUCUUGUAGGGGAAACAGACUGUAAGGCCUUGACGUCAAAGCAAUCACUAACUGCUGAAUCAGUGAGUCUAAGCCAUGUCACUGUUGAAGCAAGAUGCGAAACUGAAGUUCCAUUUGUUGAGAAGAGUGUCACAGUUUUAAAUGGAAAAGCUCAUAUUGGGGACUUAAAAAUUGCACUGACAGCCUCUCAUGAUGCUGAACUCACUGGAAGUACAACUGGAUCCAUGUCACACUCGCUGGAAUUUAUGGCCCAUCCAUUUGAGAUUGUGCUUGAUGUUAAGAAUAAAGUAAACUUAAAGUUAUUCUUCCCACUGAAGCUUACUGGUAAGGCGGAUCUCCAACAUGACUAUGGUGUCAUACUCAACUCUGAGAAGCAGCGGGCUUGUUGGUUUGCUUUGGCAAGAUUCAAUCAAUACAAGUACAAUCACAACUUCACAGCAGAAAAUAAUGAAAUGGACAUUUUCUUCCACUCAGUAGCUAAUGGAGAGGCUAAUUUAGACUUUUUGACUGUUCCUCUCUCUAUCCCUGAAAUGACUGUACCAUAUCUAGAAAUCAAAACCCCUGAGGUCAGAGACUUUUCUCUGUGGGAUCAUGCUGGAUUCAGUGCGUUGCUUACCUCUCCUCAACAGUCAUUUGAUAUGAACCUAAAGCUUAAUUACUACAAAAACCCUGAAAUGCACAGCUUUGAAUUAUACCUUGAACCAAUCUACAAUGCAAUCAGUGACAAUGCCAAAAUCGUCCAGGUUCAAUUUGAACAAUUUAGAGACACAGUAGUUGUACUUCUAAAAGAUUCAUACAACCAGGCAAAGUCACGGUAUAUCAAACACAAAAUUGACACUUCUAGCCUGCCGCCUAGAAUCUUCACUGUCCCUGGUUACCAAAUACCAAUACUGAAUAUUGAGGUUUCUGCUUUCAAGGCUGAGAUGCCUGCUUUUAGCUACAUUGUUCCCAAGGAGCUCAGUACACCAAGCUUCAAAAUUCCGGCGCUAGGUUUCUCUGUGCCAUCGUACACACUUGUGCUACCAUCUUUGGAGUUACCUGUCAUCCAUGUUCCAGAAUCCUUAAGUGAAAUGAAGCUGCCCACUUUCACACUACCAGCCAUUCAGAACAAAAUUGUGAUUCCAGCCAUGGGUAACUUAACUUAUGAUUUCUCCUUCAAAUCGACUGUGAUUACCCUAAGUGCUAAUGCUGGCCUGUACAACCAGGCUGAUAUUACUGCUAGGUUCAGCGCUUCCUCAAUGUCUGUGUUUGAUAUUUUUAAUGGAAAAAUGGAUGGUACCACCAGUUUGACAAGGAAGAGGGGACUAAAACUGGCCACUACUGUAUCCCUGGAGCAUAAAAAUGUGGAGGCAAAUCACGACUGUGCUGUUAGUCUCACCAAAAGGAGCAUGGAAGCUUCUGUAGGUAAUACUGCAAAAAUUAGUCUACCAUUCCUCAAUCUAGAAUUGAAUCAGGAGCUCACUGGAAAUACAAAGACCAAACCGAAUAUUGCCUCCAAGAAUAAAAUUAAAUACAUGUUCAACAUUCCUGUGAUUGAGACUGUAGGCAAGGGAAACCUUGAUAUGAACUUUGCUGUGGAAGCACUUUCUGCCUAUGUGUCGCUGGAGACCUCUUGCGAGGGGGAGUCAGACAUUACUAUAAUGGACAGUUAUAACUUUGCUGGAGAUUUAAAAAAUGAAGCAAAUUUCUACCUCAGUGCCAAUGGCCUGCGUUCAACUGUCAUGACUGGCUUAAAGUCAAACAUUGACAAACUGGAGAAACAAAAACGAAGCUCUAAUAAUAAUAUCUUCCAGUUUGACAUAUAUGAGAACUUUGCUCUUGAGGUGUCCUUGCAUCGUGUAUUUGCAACAGUCGAAUUCAAAAACAGUAACAAUGUUGAUUUUGCAUCUUUCAACACAAAAGGAGAACACAGUCUUAAAGGAGAACUAGAUUUUGUUCCUUUAACAACUUUGAAAACUACAUUGAACAUUUAUGUAACUCAGCCAAGUAGUUUGGGUCAUGCUGAACUCCUUCAGAGCAUCAACCUUGCCAUCAGCUCAGAAAAACAGUCUUUCACCUGGAGUAGUAAGGAACAGUUGGCAUAUUUCAUCCAUGCUUGUGAUUUACUUGUGUGCAAUGAUGAGUCUGAGAUACGCAUGGACUUGACUGGAUCAGUGGAAGGGCACCUAGCAUUCCUGAAGUCAAUUAAGCUUCCAGUAUAUCAGAAGACCCUCUGGGAUGUGCUCAAGUUUGAGCAGGUUACAAAUAUGGACAACUUGCAAUUUCUCAACAUCUCUUCCAGUGUUGUAUAUACAAAGAACAUGGAGGGCCAAGAGUAUGCUAUACCAUAUAAACUAUUUGAAGAUGUUAUCACUUUUAGCUUCCCUGAAAUGAACAUCACAGUGCCUUCUUGGAUAAAAGAAAUUCCACGCUCCAUUAGGAACAUAGACAUGCGACUUGAAAAUCCCAUUGUCCCAUAUCAUCUCACCCUUCCCCCUGUAAUCUCAGUUGCAGCCUUUGAUGUGCCAUUUACCACCUUGCAUGUGGAACCAUUUGCAAUUGAUCCCAAGAAUCUUAUCAUCCCUAAGGUGAUCGCCACUACAGCCUUUGACAUCACGCUUCCUGGCUUGCCAAAAAUGUCGGUGCCCAGUUACAAUAUUAACACAGAAUAUCUACAGGGAAAAAUGUCAUUCCUUUCAUUUAAGAUGCCAGAUUAUGAAAUCACAGUAUCACCUUUCACCCUACCGAAAUCCUUUGACAUUGGAAAGCACACCAUUAGCCUGAAUGACAUCAUGAGUCAGAUUUCAAACUUUGAACUUCCAACCAUAGUGAUUCCGGAGCAAAAAAUUGAAAUCCCUGAAAUUGCCCUCCACCUGCCUGCAAGUGUCUUUAUCCCAGCCUUUGGCUCCCUCAGUGCCACUCUAAAGGUUUCCUCCCCAAUUUAUAAUGUCUCAACAACUGCAAGCAUGGAAAAGAAGGACUCCAGCCUCCUGACUUCGUUGAAUUCCAUCUGUACUUCUACCAUGAUCUUCUUGGAAUAUGAUUUUACUGGUAGCACAACCCUUGAAUUUAUUAAUGGAGCCAUCAGUCUAAAUGGGAAGUGCAACUUAAUUCACAGUGAUGUAAAUGUUGACUGGCAACAUGUUUUUGCACAAAAUCUGAGGAUUAAACGUCAAACCCCCAUGGCUGAUGUCAUGGCAUCUCUUCAUACUCUUAAUGUUGACAUCACCAGCCCAACAUUUGUUGAUGUGAGCUUCCGCUUUGCUUCACGCAAAGAUGGCAUCACUGCAUCUAUGUCUUCACCGUCUUCUGGUUUCCUUGGAUUGAAUUUUCAGCGGAGGUCUCCAUCACAGCUGUAUGGAAAAUUGUUCAGUCGUUACUUGUCUACCCCUGACAAGGAUACUGACAUUUUAACUACCAAAGCCACACUGAGAAACUCUAAGUUGAACCUACAAACCUCCUGGAAUUUGGAGGUCCUACAUGAUGUGAUUGAGGGAACCAAAGACAGAAUUCCUACUAUGACAGACUCUGUGCUUAAGUUCAUAAACAAGUAUCACAUAGCCCACUUUGGCUUUGAUCUCAACCGUGGCAGCAUGAAGCUGAAAAGCACAGUCUCCAAUGCCAUAGAGAGAGCCUAUCAUGAAGGUCCUUUGUCUUUCAACUCACUGCAGAAUUCAGUUGAACACCUCGGUGAUCAAGGAAAAGACAUGUACAUGAGGGCUUCUGACAGCUUGAUGUCUAUGAGAGUGCAGGACGUUAUAGACAGCUUCGCUCGUGACGCUAGACAAGUCUUGAAACAUAGUGAAGACAAGAUUUCUGUCUUGCUAGAGGCAGUCACAAAAUUCUUGAGCAAUGUUAAAUUGACAGUGCCCGGAUCUGGAGAGAAGCUCUCGGUCCCGGAGAUGUUCCAGCAAGCUCGUCGUUCAGUAUCAAGAGCCACUGACAGGGCAAUCCAAAGGUUUGCCAGCCUUUUGGAGAAGAUUUCUAGAUACAUCAGGGAAAUUGAGUUCACUAUCCCUGGAACCAAUGCUGUUGUGAAUGGAAAUGAGAUCAUUAAAAAACUGGGAUCUGUAUACGAUCAACUAAGAGAUUCGUUGCACAGUUGGUCUGAUUUGCUUAACAAGACUUUUAACGACCUCUCCCAGGUGACUGACGAAAAAGUCAAAGAUUUCAUCACCAACCUAAAAGAUGAAAAUGUGAAAAUUGCUUCUCAAUUUAAUGCCACCCAUGCAGAGAUUGUGCAGUCUACAAAACAAUAUAUUGUGGAGGCAGGUAGAAGUGUGGCUGAAUAUAAGGACUUUAUCAAACUGAAAGUUCAAGAAGCUUAUAAUUCUAUAAAUAUGAAGCGUGUGAAUGAUGAUAUCAAGGAGUUGAUUGAUAUUUUGCAAUCACAUUUCUAUGGAGGCCUUAAUGAGUUCAUAGAUCUAAUGAGGCAGGCAUCUCAGAGCACAGCACCAUACAUAAAAGCAACCAAUAAAAAAUUGGACAUUGAAAUUCCUUUACCCUUCUCUUGGAAAUCUUUCAGUGAAUGGCCAACGCAGUCCAGGCAGUGAAAAUUCCUCUCUUGAUAAAAGUGGUUUCAUUAUGAAUUACCUAAUUUUUAGGUCUUUGUGAAAAAUUUACUUUUUGUUACAUGAUUACCUGAAAUAAAUGAUUACAAGUUAUUCUUAUGUGUGAUUUUCUUUAAAUUUGACAAUUUUUACAAUUAUGAUGUAUAAAAGUGUCAUAUGUAAAUUACUGUAUGGUGUUAAAAUAAACAAUACCAAAUACA